GCGACAAUGGGCCAAGCGGCGGCCUAUAAAAGAGGUCUGAGUCCCUCUCCUAGUCACCAGUCGAGUGCUCUCCAUAGCUCCAUCUGCAUCUUCUAGUUUUUCACAAUGAAUGUCCUGCAUUCCAGCAUUGCCUUCUGCCUGAUCCUGAGCGCUCUCGUCGCUGUUCAGGCCGGGAUUAUUGCUAGCCAUCCCGAUGAACUGAUUGCCAGUCCUGCCCAGUACGAGUUCCACUACUCGGUCCACGACAGCCACACGGGCGACGUAAAGGAUCAGUUCGAGCACCGCCGUGGGGAGUACGUCACGGGGCGCUACUCCCUCAUAGAACCCGAUGGCCACCGUCGCAUUGUGGACUACACCGCCGAUCCGCUGCUGGGUUUCAAUGCCCAAGUUCGUCGGGAACCCCUUUCUCGCUAUUGAGCUCGGUUCUCAGUAGAAUCAAGGAUCUAACCUGCUGACCGGAUACGAUAUAACUGACCUAAUUA